GAUCGUGAACACAAGAACAGUUUGGUUAGCUCCACUCAUGUUCCGUCUUUUCUUGCCGAACUACUUCGACAAGUAGCGAACCAAGCGAUCAUUGAAGUAAAACCGUUCGAGCUGGAACUAGACGGCUCUGACUCUUUUGGCUUAGUUUAGCCUAGCUUGGCUCGCUAGCCAUGAGACACUCGGAUGUCAAAAGUGUUAAAGAAGAGUGCGACGAGGAAAUCUUUAGGAGCGAAGACAAGGAAGGACAAAAAGUGGACGCUGUUUGGAAGAAACUUGAACACAAAUCAGACGUCACUCGAGAAGAUGCUCUUCACCCUAAAAACAACGAGACCGAGCCACUCCACGUCAAACAGGAGGAGGAGGAGCCAGACACGGCGCGCAUCAAAGAAGAAGUGGCCGAGAAUGAAAUCAGCCGGUUUUCAUUCAAAGCCACCUGCGUCAGGCCGACGCGAGAAGAAGACGAAGGUCCGAGCGAGUGGGCGGAGCCUUCACGCUCACGUCAAAAACUCGGCGGCCUCUUAGCGCCGCUCUCGGAUAGCGACGACAUCACGUCGUUCUCCUCCGACGUCGAUGACGAACGCUCACACGACGACGCCGAGUUACGCGGCGACGAAAAGCACGCGACGCCGGAAAGCGACGCUAGAGAAAGCGCAGACGGGAAACGUUUUGCCUGCGCGGUUUGCGAGAAACGAUACUAUACGAAGGGGAAAUUGACGCGACACGCGAAGACGCACGACGGGGAGAAACCCUUUGCCUGCGCGUUUUGCGGUAAAAGAUUCGUCGAGAAGGGCGAUCUAAACAAUCACACGAGAACGCACACUGGAGAAAAACCUUUUCCCUGCUCAGUCUGCGGUAAAAGAUUCACCCGAAAGGGAGAUUUAAACAUACACGCGAGAACGCACACCGGCGAGAAACCUUUCGCCUGCGCCGUUUGCGGUCGGAAGUUCACUCAGAAGGGACAUUUGAGAAACCACACGACCACAACUCAUACCGGAGACAAACCUUUCGCCUGCGCGAUUUGCGGUAGGAGGUACGCCGAGAAGAGACAUUUAGCGACGCACGCGAGAACGCACACUGGCGAGAAACCUUUCGUCUGCUCAAUUUGCGGUCAAAGAUUCUCCGAAAAAGGAAAUUUAAGCAAGCACGCGGUCACCCACACCGGAGAGAAACCUUUCGCCUGCUCGGUUUGUGCUAAAAAAUUCUCUAGGAAGGAUGAGUUGAAGACGCACGCGAGGACGCACACUGGAGAAAAACCUUUUGUCUGCUCCAUUUGCGGCAAACGAUUUAUUCAGAAGGGAAAUCUGACGGCGCACGAGAGAACCCACACCGGGGAGAAACCGUUCGCCUGCACGGUUUGCGAGCAACGAUUCUCUCAAAAGCAGUCCUUGAGGAUACACGUCAGAACGCACACGGGGGAGAAACCUUUUCCUUGCUCGGUUUGCGGGAAAAGAUUCACUCAGAAAAAAAACUUGUCGGCCCACACGAGAACGCACACCGGGGAGAAAUCUUUUUCCUGCAGGGUUUGCGGUAGAAGAUUCACCGAGAAGAGAUGUUUAACAAUACACAUGAAAAAACACACGGAAUAGAGGAGUGUAACAACAGUAUAAUAGCACAAUCUUGAUUUGCCGCGAUAGAAUUCCUUAAUGAUGAUUUGGCCGAAUUAUGCAACAAUUAUGACGGAUUUUCUGCCACUCGUUCUAAAUUUGAUUUUUUAAAAAUUCUAUCAAGUACUCCUGCAACCUAUCCGGUGUAAUCGGAAGCAGCACGGUAGCGUGCAUAUUUUUGCUCUAGUAUAAAUGUCUAAUUAUCUAGUAAUUUUACAGCGGAUUUAGGGCUGUUAUAUAUCAUUUAUGCGUUCAUCUUUCAUGCUCCUCCACUCGGGGGUGCCGGAGCCUAUCCCAGCUUACUACAGGCAGGAGGCCCGAUGGUGGGGUACGCAGCCGAUCACAGGGCACAAUGAGACGAACAACCAUUCACGCGCACAGUCGUACGGUACCUAGUACCUAGAGACAAUUUGGAGCGGUCAGUCAACCGACGAUGCAUGUCUAUAGGCUGAAGGAGGAAACGCUGAAAAGCCACGCAGGCGCGUUGGGAACAUGCAAACUCCACACAGGAAGGCAGGAGCCUGUGAUAGAACUCUUGAUGUCAGAACUGCAAGGCGGAUGUGCUAACCACUCUGCCACCGUGCUGUAUAUUAAGAACAUGUAAUAUCAUUUACUAAAAAAAGCCAUCCCUCCAACUUCCAAUGCAUUGGGCGUCUAGCACCGCCCAUGGCUUCCCUUGAUUCGACAUUGAAAAAAUCUCAGUUGAGGAAGAAGAUAGGUAUGACUACAUUUUCAUGUCAAUGAUGGGAAUGCGGCCCCUACCGACAUGCCCGUUCUGAAGCUACCUUGGUAGGGAUAGUGAAAGGUCUUUUCAUUCUGCCGUGAAUUGAAAUGAGUUUCUCAGUAGUAGACGUCCAAUCCAUUUAAAUUGGGACCGAAUGAACGCUCCUUGAUUGGCUGAGUUUAGUCGUGUUUCACCUCGCUGUGAUAGCAAUUACUUUGCAGUCAAGUGAGUUUGCAGUCAUUUAGUUUGAAAAAUAAUCAAAUGUGGUAGCGGUGCUGUAUCAACAUCCGCCGAAUUAUCAGUGAUCAGGAGAUAAAACAUUGUAUUGGUCUGGUUCGCUCUCCCUUGUAUGUUCAUUUGACUGCUUGUUCUUAUCAACGAUUUAUAGUUCUGAAAUUUGUCCUUUUCUUUGCAAACUUAAACUUCUUCAUCUCCUCAUUGAGCAAAUUGUAUAUAUUUUUUUUUGCACGAUCCAUUCAUUCGAUCAAUAAACUUAAUCAAUGCUGAAAUGUGCAUUCCAUAGCACGUGUUUCACUGGGUUGAUUUUUUUUUUCUUUUUUCACAUGAAUAAAUCCCAGUUGCUCAUCUUCAA